GAUCUCCCAGCGGGUGGAGCUGAGCCUCAGCCAGCUGCAGGUCCUUGGGGAGAGGAUCUCCGCGAGCCAGGCCAAAAUCGAGAAGAUCAAGGGCAGCAAGAAGGCCAUCAAGGUGUUCUCCAGCGCCAAGUACCCGGCCCCCGAGCGCCUGCGGGAGUACAGCUCCAUCUUCUCCGGCGCGCGGGACCCAGGCCUACAGCGCCCGCCGCGCCACCGCAUCCAGAGCAAGCACCGGCCACUGGACGAGCGGGCCCUGCAGGAGAAGCUGAAGUACUUCCCCGUGUGCGUGAGCACCAAGCCGGAGCCCGAGGAUGAGGCCGAGGAGGGGCUCGGGGGUCUCCCCAGCAACAUCAGCUCCGUCAGCUCCCUGCUGCUGUUCAACACCACGGAGAACCUGUACAAGAAGUACGUCUUCCUGGACCCGCUGGCGGGGGCUGUCACAAAGACGCACGUGACGCUGGGGACGGGGGAGGAGGAGAAGCUGUUCGACGCCCCUCUGUCCAUCAGCCGGCGAGAGCAGCUGGAGCAGCAGGUUCCCGAGAACUACUUCUACGUGCCAGACCUGGGCCAGGUGCCCGAGAUCGACGUGCCGUCCUACCUGCCCGACCUGCCCGGCAUCGCGGACGACCUCAUGUACAGCGCCGACCUGGGCCCGGGCAUCGCCCCCUCUGCCCCCGGCACCAUCCCGGAGCUGCCCGCUUUCCAGACAGAGGUGGCCGAGCCUUUCAAGCCGG